AUGCACUUUAGGAACUUCCACUACAGUUUUAGCUCCCUCGUCGCCUGUGUGGGACACAGCGAUGUCUUCAGCCAGGCAGAGACCAGGGCCAAGUUUGAGUCCCUGUUCAGGUCCUAUGAUAGAGACAUCACCUUUCAGUACUUCAAGAGCUUCAAGAGAGUAAGAAUCAACUUCAGCAACCCUCUGUCUGCAGCAGAUGCCAGAAUCCAACUGCACAAGACAGAAUUCCUUGGGAAGGAAAUCAAACUCUACUUUGCUCAGACUUUGCACAUUGGAAGUUCCCACUUGGCACCACCAAACCCAGAUAAACAGUUUUUGAUCUCCCCUCCUGCCUCUCCACCUGUGGAUUGGAAGCAAGUGGAAGAUGCUACUCCAGUUAUUAACUAUGACCUUUUAUAUGCUAUUUCCAAGUUAGGACCAGGAGAGAAGUAUGAGCUCCAUGCUGCCACUGCCACCACCCCCAGUGUUGUGGUCCACGUCUGCGAGAGCGACCAGGAGAACGAUGUGCAGGAGGAGCCCAAGAAGCCCAAACCCAAAAUCAUCCAGACCCGAAGACCAGACUAUGCCCCUUCCCACCUCAGCUGA